CCCAAGGAAAACCAUCAUCAGCCGCUCUCUCUCUCUCGGCUCUCCACUUCGGCCUCCGCCUCGCUCCCACCCCAAAUUCCUCCACGGCUGGCGGCCUGAAGCCCUAGGCCACCGCCGGGACCCAAGAGCAAGCAUACAGACGCUGCGAUCGGAAGCAGCAGUAGCCGCCGCCAUGCAGGGCCUCCCCGGCGGCGUCCCCGAUCCGCAGCAGCUCCAGGCCACCAUGCUCGCCAUCGAGCAGGCCUGCUCCCUCAUCCAGGUGCACAUGAAUCCGGCUGAAGCGGAAAAAGUUCUAAGUUCACUCCAUUCAUCUCUGAUGCCUUAUCAAGCAUGCAGAUUUAUUCUUGAGACAUCCCUAAUGCCAAAUGCGAGAUUCCAAGCUGCUGGAGCAAUUGGUGAUGCUGCAAUAAGGGAGUGGGGAAUUUUAACAGAUGACAACAAAAGAAGCCUAAUACUAUAUUGUUUGAACUACGUUAUGGAGCAUACAGGUUCCCCUGAUGGCUACGUGCAAUCAAAAGUUUCUGCUGUGGCAGCUAGGUUACUAAAAAGAGGCUGGCUUGAGUUUCCGGACCAAGAAAAAGGUGCCAUCUUCUUCGAGGUUGAACAGUCCAUCCAGGGCAUGCACGGGCCUAAUCGACAGUUUGCUGGGAUCAACUUCUUAGAAACAUUGGUUUCAGAGUUUUCCCCUUCAACUGCUUCUUCUAUGGGCCUGCCUAAGGAGUUCCAUGACCAAUGCCAAUUGUCAUUUGAAGUGAAGUUUCUGAAGGACUUCUAUUGCUGGGCACAAGCUGCUGUAUUCAAUACCGCAGACAAAAUCUUGAAUUCAAAUGUAACUAUACCCGAGGAGAAAGCAUGUUCGGCGGCAUUGCGCCUCAUGCUUCAAAUUUUAAGCUGGAGCUUCAAGCCAACUUUGGAACAUGAGAAUUUAGAUGCCAAAAUAAAAUCUGGUUUGAGGAGCGAUGCCAUAAAUCUGAGGAAAUUCGAACGUUCAUUGGUGAAGCCAGGGUCUUUAUGGACUGAUAUUCUUAUAUCAAGUGCGCAUACUACCUGGGUUUUGAACUUCUAUACUACCCUGCGUCAGAAGUACUCGUAUGAUACACUAUGGGGUGAUUCUCCUAUUGCUGUCUCUUGCAGACAGCUCAUAGUGCAAUUAUGCUCCCUGGCAGGCGCUGUUUUUCCUAAUGAUAAUGGAGAUGCACAAAUUGAACACUUUAUGCACAUACUAUCCGCUGUUAUCUUGUGGAUUGAACCUCCGAAUGUCAUUGCGGAAUCAAUUCGAAAUGGAGGAAGUGAAAGUGAGUUCAUAGAUGGUUGCCAUGUCCUGCUUUCGGUGGCAUCUUUGACUAGUAGCUCACUUUUUGACAACCUCCUGAAAUCGAUAAGGCAAUAUGGCACAAUUAACCUGCUUUCUGCUUUGACAUCCGAAGCUGUCAAGUCUGUUCUGGAUAACCAGAAUGAAGAAGAAACAUGGGGUUCAGAUGCUCUAGAUAUAUUGUUAGAAACAUGGAAUGUUAUUCUGGGGGAAGCUUGUGCUGAUAAAAGUCCUAUGUCAGCUGAUGGAGCACUUGCAGCUUCAAAUUUGUUUAAGAUAAUUGUGGAGUCACAUUUGAAGGCUGCUGCUGAUUCUGCAUUUGAGGAUAGUGACGAUGCUGAAUACUUUCAUGUUUCUGUUUCAAAGCGUGAUGAGCAGUUGGCCUUGUAUGCUCUGAUUGCACGAGCAGCUGCUGACACCACCAUACCCUUUCUUGAGCAACUAUUUUCUGAGCGAUUUGCACGGCUAAGUCAGCAGAGAGAUGUCGAAAAUGAUCCCACUCGAACAUUGGAGGAGCUGUAUUGGCUGUUGCUGAUUACCAGUCAUGUCCUAACUGACUCAGGCGAAGGAGAAACACUGCUUAUUCCUGAAGCUUUGCAGGCGGGAUUCACCAAUGUAGUUGAAGUAGCUCAACAUCCUGUAGUUACGUUGUCAUGGUCUAUAAUAAAUUUUUCAAGGCAAUGUCUAGACCCAGGAAUUAGAGGGAGGUACUUCAGUCCCCGGCUCAUGGAGGCGGUGAUUUGGUUCCUGGCCAGAUGGGUUGCAACCUAUUUAGUACCGCUUGAUGUGAGUAGAGAAAUUGACAGUGUGGGUAGACAUGGAUCUCAGCAUUCUAGAAAAUUGCUAAACAGUUUUGCGUGGGACAAUAACCAAGGGGAGCUUGUUCUUGAUUUUGUUGUUCUCAUGUCAAUGGUGGCACUUACUACAUAUCAGGGCGAAAUUGAGCUGCAGACACUUACAUGCCAAAAACUACUUGCUUCAGUUGUUCGACGGAAACACACAUGUGCUUAUGUUGUUCAGUUGGACUCAUGGCGUGACCUUACAAGGGCUUUUGCAAGUGGGCGUUCUUUAUUUUCAUUGAGUGGACGCUUACAGGUAAGUGUUAUAUGCACUCACCAUGCAGUUUUAACUUAUGCUUUCAUUUGUGAAGACCUUAUGCUUUUGUUACUACUUACCACACCUUCACAGAGAUCUCUAGCAGAAACACUUGCAUGUGCAGCUUCCUGCAUCAAAGAUCCCGAAGCAUCUGUGCAGUAUUUGAGAGACCUCAUGGGACCAGUCGCAGGAUGCCUAGUAGAAAAUGCUAGUAGGAGUGAUCUUAAAUCUGUUGCACAUCAACCAGAUGUUAUCUACAUGGUCUGUUGCCUAUUGGAACGGCUAAGAGGAGCUGCUAGAGCUACUCAGCCUCGCACUCAAAAGGUUCUGUUUGAGAUGGGUCAUACUGUGAUGAACUCACUCUUGACUCUUCUGGAGGUGUACAAAAAUCAGUCUGAAGUCAUAUACAUGAUACUCAAGUUCGUGGUUGACUUCAUUGAUGGUCAAGCUGUAUUCCUGGAUGGUAAGGAGACAUCAGUUUUGAUGAGCUUUUGCUUACGCCUGCUCCAGAUAUACUCCUCUCAUAAUAUUGGAAAGGUAAGAACAGGAAUUCUUAUUACUGUGUUAUUCUGUGCCAGAAAAUUUUCUCCACAAUGAUGCUGCUAACAUUCCUUUUUCUCAAAUACACACGCGUGCAUGUUUAACAAGGUGGUUUGUGUUCACACGCCUGCUCCAUACAUUUUUGCCAUGUUUGCAUGGCACAUGCGGCAUGUGCCCAUUGUUGUGUUGGGUCGGGUCUUUUGCUUCUAGAUAGAGCUCCAUUAGAGCUAGCCUAUACAAAAGGAUUGGCUCUAAUCCCUAUCUAUCCAAACAUGCCAUUAGGGAAGGUUUGGAAGAGGGGAUUUGCUUUGGGCUUUUCAUAUGUAGUUUUCUCUCGAAACAGGCUUGGUCCCCGCUUUAUAUAUAAAUCACAAACGGCCGAAUCAUACAAGCUGAUGAGGAAAUCCUGUUGCAAAUCAGGUCAAAAUAAAAAACGACAUUCAGGAAAGUAGCGAGAAUGCCACCAGCUCAAAGCCGAGCAAGAGAACAGGAGUAGCCAGACCCAACACUAGGCAACCGAGACUACCAACCUGGGUUGAAGCCGCGCCUCACUGCACCGCCAAGCUAUGUCCGGAGAGGUCCGCCUGCCCUCUUGCUCCAGGCCGCAGAGCGCCGAUCCUGCCAAUGGACAGUGAGGACCGAGAAUGGUGACAACGAGGUCAUGUGUAAAAGGUAGGAGGCCAACGAGGCCACCCCACGCCACAAUCGAAGAAGCUUCACACCAGGAUCAAAGCAUGCUUGAAUACGCCGACGAGCCGCGACGGUUAGGUACCUGAGCUUCUAGGAAGACACUUGCAAGAGGGAGACGACACAACGCACCGCAGUCGCUGAGCCUAAGAAGACAUACACGGGUUUUCGCCCGGAGCCCUGACAUGGAGAGGGGACCCACAACGAUGCCCCCAAGAGGGAUACGAUACUCGUAGGCAUCACCGGCGACGGAGCGCGGAGCUUUCGCUCUGAGCCUCAUCCGUGACACAAGGGGUACCAAGGUCGCCACCCAACCCGAGGGGAGAACUGCUUCGAGGCCUCUAGACCAAGACCGGAGGCCGCCACUGCCAAAGCCAUGACAACACCAGGAUCACCCGCCACCACUCCCCUCGCUUGCUCGCCGUAAAGCCAUCCACGCAGCCUCGCCUUCCGGGGCCGCUGCUCUGGCAUCCAAGGAUCCACAUCACCCCACCAACCUGACAUCCAGACGACACCCACCCGAGCAGCAACAAGGGUCUCCAUCCAACCGUAGAUCACGCCACCUACUGGACCUGCAACACCUCUGCAGCGCCCAAAUCUGGGCUGAAACGGCCAAACAGCGGCACACAAGUGGACGGACGGUGAUCGCAGCCCGCCUGGCUGCAGUCACCACACCCAAAUCCUCUCCUACAUGCCCCCAGACCCGACACGCAGCCAGGCCGGGGCACUGCCGCAGCCGGAGCCUGCCCACGGCCAUAGAGCGCGAGAGAACGAGAGAUCGCAGCCCUCUAGCCCAUGGCCCCGACCUCCAGGGACAUCACCAUACCGUGGUGAAGGGAGCCAAGCGCCGGAGGUGCCACAAGGUCGCCCCGACAGGGAGGGAGACCGGAGGGUGCCGAGGUGGCGAGCUCCUCACCCGGGAGGGCCGGAUGUGGGCCUCUGCCUACCAGAUCUGGGGAAGAGGCGCCAAAGGAUGCACUGUGCAGUGCUGGAGGAGGCUUCAUGCAACACCGGGCAGCCAAACUUGACGAGGACGGGAUCCACAUGGGGGAAGAUAGGGAAGGAAACAGAGCCUCGGGGAGGGGCGCGAAUUGGGACCAGGAGGCGGCGGCGGGUCGCCACCUGUGACGCCCUAGGAAGGUGACGCGGGGGCAGGAGAUCCGUGUUUGUUCUGUUUCCAGAUGUAGUUAAAGGGAACAAAUUGUCAACAAUCAUUGUGCUAUUGGAGAUAAUGUGUUGUUGGAAUUUUGCCACAGGAUCGAUCACAUCAAAUCACGAUCAACACACGCGCACAGAAAACUUUGGCCAAAGGCACGUGUCGUGCCUUUCUUUUCCCUCUUUUUAUUUUCUGUUUUUCUUACACCGUGUUACAAAACUCACGCAGCCGGACCUGUAUAUAUAUACAGAACCAACCGACCUAAACACAACUCCAAGACCCACACGGCAAGUGCAACAUCUUGGCGGACACUUAUUACUAAACGGACUAGUACUAUUCAUCUGGACACUAAUUUCCUACACACAAACGUACUAGACCCUGUCCUACACGGAUAUGAACCAAACUCAAACUAAUACUGCCAUGUGACGUGCAAGCCAGCCGGGUUGAUCAUGUAACCAACAUGCUACUUGACAAACAAUACUAACUCAAGAUUAUCUCUAACAUUCUCUCCCUAAUCUUGACUCUUGUCUUCCGUGCUUCUCCAGUCUUGACUCGUCGACGAUUCAUCCCUUGUCGACUCAUCCGCUCGCACCACGACAAGUCAAAUUGUUGGCUUGGUUGCUUGCAACAAUCUCCCCUCCAAUUUUGACUUGGCGAAUUUACGGACCACCUCAAAUAUGCCUUGGACUACCCACCUCGCUAGUAACAUGUGGAAAACACCACCCGGUAGACUACACCAUCCACCCUAGCAAGAUACAUGCCGACUCCUUGUGGAUCACACCACCCCGUGGACUACACCGCCCACUCCAGCCUCAUGUAGAGACAUGGCCUCAUUGAAGAGACUCACCUUCACUGGUUUACCGCCCCCACAUACUUGAACUUGGUCCUCUCGUCGAGACACAUAGACGACCUGGAUGCGCUUCAUCUUCAACGCCUUCUCGCAGAGACAAGCACUUGGGCAUGACGACGACGACGACUGACCAACGCAACGACGACUAACCGUGCAAACUCGCAGGAUUCCUUGACUCAUCCGACUCCCCCGGACGAUGAUCUUGAUGAGCUCCAGCGCCGCACCUCAGCACCACCUCCCCCAUCAACGAUCUUCUUCCACCGCCUUGCCGACGACAGCCUGCCGUCUCCCUCCUUGUCGCUCCGCCGAACGACGAUCACCUGAUCCUCCUCAUCCGUCGCUCCAUACCGCGACUAUAUUGCCCGCCCCGGGGCGCUAGUAGAUCGCCACCCCGGGGCAAGCGCAGCUUCACUCGAACCUUGCUCUAGAUACCAAUUGUUGGAAUUUUGCCACAGGAUCGAUCACAUCAAAUCACGAUCAACACACGCGCACAGAAAACUUUGGCCAAAGGCACGUGUCGUGCCUUUCUUUUCCCUCUUUUUAUUUUCUGUUUUUCUUACACCGUGUUACAAAACUCACGCAGUCGGACCUGUAUAUAUAUACAGAACCAACCGACCUAAACACAACUCCAAGACCCACACGGCAAGUGCAACAUCUUGGCGGACACUUAUUACUAAACGGACUAGUACUAUUCAUCUGGACACUAAUUUCCUACACACAAACGUACUAGACCCUGUCCUACACGGACAUGAACCAAACUCAAACUAAUACUGCCAUGUGACGUGCAAGCCAGCCGUGUUGAUCACGUAACUAAUCACGUAACCAACAUGCUACUUGACAAACAAUACUAACUCAAGAUUAUCUCUAACAUGUGUGAGGACAGUAAAUAUUUGCAUACGCUCGUCAAAUUUAUGUUACUUACUGCAAACUGAAAAAAACCUUGUUGUGGCAAAUGUAAUAUGGACCAAAGCAAAUGAGCUUCUGUUUUUUUCUAAACUUUUGUGAUAUAUCAAUGUUAGGGAGUAACUUCCCGACAGUGUAGUUGCCAUCAAUGUUAGAGAGAAUGUUCUAUAAGAC